CUUGGUUUCUGCGGGCCUGCAUUCACAGUUUCUUCAGUCCACAGGAGGACGGUGGCGGCUGAUCUCUGCAAAAAGGAGUCUUUGAGUAGCCUUUCUGUCUCUCCCUGUCUUUGUGCAAGCACCCGGAGAGGUGUUGGUCUAUCUGAGGAUCCCAGAGGCAAAGGAAAUGUUACCGCCCUCAAGGCGUUUCCGCCUGAGAGUCAAACAGAAGCGUAAAAGUGGUGCUUAGAGUUAUGACUCAGACAACUGUGGUUAGGGCCUCGGCCCUCGGGCAUCUGGCUGGCUUCAGUGGCACUGAAAGCCAGCGAUGCUCUACACCUUACGGGAGCACUCUGAAUACAAUAGAUUUCAGCAAAAGCACACGGCUGAAAAGCAACAGCAAACAGCAUAGGAUAGACAGCAAAAAUCGUUGUGAUGCUAACUUCAAACCAUUGUCAGGUGGAUCACAGCGGGCUCAAUCUAGCCAGCGUUAUCAGACCACCUGGAACGGAAAGCAUCGAGAAAUUGGUCCAGAUUUCGGGCCGCCGGAUGGGCUAAUUCUGUAUUCAAGCAGGCGAGUUGUAAAGAGCCCCGCAUUCGGGGCCAACGUAGUCAAUUCUUUGAAUGAGACGGCACGAAAGAGUAACAACGCGCGCGGGCCAGCUCCAACGCGUUUCUCGAAUGGAACCCGGUCGUUUGGGGGGUGCUCACCGGUUGACGAGGACGAGUUCACAUUGAGCCUGACCUCGUUCAACAUCUUGGCGCCCAUUUACUACAGAAAGUGGGAGGGGAAGCGGGAGAGCGAAGAAAGGGAGGCGUGGUGGGAGCGCAACAAGAAGAUAGUGGACAUGCUGGAAGAGAAGCACUCUUCCAUCAUCUGUCUUCAGGAGUUUUGGUUGGGCAAUCCAGAGCUGUGCGCACUGUAUACCAGCCACCUCCACAAGAUGGGCUAUGAAACAUUCCAGCUGGCAAGGACAAAUAACCGGGGCGAUGGCCUGCUCACUGCAAUCGACAGUUCUAAGUUGCGCGUCCUCGACCAACAAGACAUCGAGUUUCGGGACUGCGGCGAUCGUGUCGCCCAGCUUCUGCGGGUGCAAUGCAAGCACCUCACGCGUGGCGGGGACCACCCGUCGGAAGCAACAGGGGAUUGCAUCGUGGGCACAGAGCCAUCAUGCCCCAUGGAGUUUCUGCUCGUCAACACGCAUUUAUUGUUCCCGCACAACUCCAACUCGACGCUCAUCCGCUUGCGGCAGGUGUGCAAGAUUCUGGAACAUCUGGAGCGGUACAAAGCGGAACAGAAGCUCCCGCCCAUGCCGAUCGUGCUGUGCGGCGACUGGAAUGGCAGCAAGCGCGGGCAGGUCUACAAGUUCAUGCGCUCCCAGGGCUUCUCGUCUUCCUUUGACACAGCACGCAACUUCGAGGACGAGACCCUGCAGCAGUGGAUCAGCCACCGUAACCACCGGGGCAACCUGUGCGGCGUCGACUUCAUCUGGCUGCUCAACCCGAGCGGCCAAAUGGCCCCCCUCACCGCCGACUGGAAGGCGGCCGUCUUUGGAAUGAUCAAAGCGAAGCUGACCAAAGCGGGCCUACGAGAGCGCGAUGCGUUCCACUUCUUCCAGGCUGGAAGCGAGGCGCGCGAGCAAGAUGUGGUGACCUUGGAGGACUUCAUACUCGCGAUGGACCAGCUCGGCCUCACCGGAGAGGACUCGGUCGGCCUGACCAAGGAAGAGGUGGGGGAGUUGCUGGCGUCAGCGGACGCGGACGGCAACGGAGUUCUUGACUACGAUGAGUUCAAGAGCAUCCUCAAGACCCGCUCCAUGGCCGAAACCUACGAGCUGAUAAAGCGCGCCACGGGCAUCGUAGAAGACCCCGCCACAGACCCGCCCCCUUCGCCCACCGCCGAUGUACCCGUGCACGCGGCGCUCUUCGGCGAGCUGCCGUCCCCCCGCCGCCCCGCCAUCCCCCUCCAAUACAUGUACACGUCAGCCGCAGAAACCCUAAAACCCUGCGGCCAGAGCGCCCCGGGCGGCGAGCAGCGGCUCCCGCACCUGGACCUCGUCGUGCGGGACGCGUUUCUGGAGCCGGAGGAAAUGGAGCACGGCACGUGGCCCGACGACUGGAACCUCUCGGACCAUGCGCCAGUCACGAGCAUCUUCGCGCCGGUGCUGAGGCGGCCGCUCGAGCAAGUGCGGUGACUAUUGGGCGGGAGGGAAAGCUUUUGCCAAGGCGACCAAUCUCCGGCCCACGAGUCACCGGAGAUAGAAUAGCCCAAAAACUGGAACCUAUCGGACCAUGUGCCGCUGACAAGCAUCUUCGGGCCGGUGCUGAGGCGGCCGCUCGAGCCAGUGCGGUGAGAAUUGGGCGGGAACGAAGGGGAUGGUGGCAAUGGGACGGAGGUUGGUCGCUUUGGCAAGAGCUUUGAGAACAAAUAGCCCAAAAAGUGGAACCUCUCGGAGCAUCUUCGCGCCGGUGCUGAGGCGGCCGUUCGAGCACGUGCGGUGAUCAGUGGGCGGGAGGGAAAGGGAGGGUGGC